AUGCUCGUAUUACUAUUCAUUCUAUUGAUAGCGGCAGAUAUUGGUUUUGCUCUUGAAUGUCGAACUGACUGUCGUGCUGGCCCGUAUGAUUUCGGUCGAACGUUUAAUAUUCCCGAUGGAGCGUGUCCGCAACGAAGAUCAGGAGAUGCUUGUUCGAUUGAUAUUGAAUUAGAUUAUCACAGUGCUUCAUAUAAUGUAAAAUUUAGCACUCUUAUGCUAUCGAGAGAUAGUGUUUAUAUAGGAGCUGGACCCUACCUAAGUUAUAGCAUUGGUUAUCAAUGCUCAAAAAGUAUUGAUUGUGUUAUCUCAUAUGCAAGGAACAGAGUCACUGAAAUGAUUCAUCGCAACUAUAGUGCACGAAUCAUAUAUGAUGAAAUUGCUCCAAUUAUCAAGAAUCCUUUACGAAACGGUUCAAUCCAAUGUUAUAAUAUGAGAAAGGAAGCUAUCGUAUGUGCAUCUGAUAGUACAUGCCAUCUAGAUUAUGAUCAACGAGAAAAUAAAUUCAGGUCACGUGGUUGCAAUCUGGGUCGUGAACCUAGUGUUUUUGCUUAUGAUGGUGGCUCGUAUUUAUCAAUUAAAAUCGGAUGUAAUCGCGAUUUAUGCAAUAACGAGGAAACAUUUUCACAAAUAAAAAAUGUCUUAAGCACUUAUGGCUUAACAGAUGGUAAUGGACGACGAAUUGCCAAGGGAAAUAAACAAAUGGUUUCUUUACUAUUAAUGUCAUUCACUUUGAUUUUUUUUAUUUUUUAUUUUUUCUAA